AUGGUUUCAGCCGAUUGGGGAAUCGGGGCGGAAGCCGUGGCACGUUCUCGCUGGAAUGCGCAGCCGGGAUACUGGGGAGUCAGCACCGGCCUGCUGUGGGAACGGCUGCGCUACCGGCUGCAGUCCGGCUCGAUCACCAAUUGGCAGCUUGUCGGCCCGGUUCCGGCGCGGCUGCUGCUGUCGCCGUCAUGCCUGCGGCCCAGCGAUCCGCUUCUGGCGCGCGACUUCUAUCAGGGGCGCUACAGCUUCGGCGGGCGCACGGUCGAGACCGGCAGCCAGUCGCCCUUUCUGGCGGAGCCGCCAUCGGCGGCCUGGUAUGCCGAACUUCACGGCUUCCGGUGGCUGCGCCAUCUCGCCGACGCCAACACCGAUCUUGCGGCAGCGCAGGCACGCGCGCUGAUCGAGGACUGGAUCAGCGGCUACGGCAAGCGGCUGCGCGAACCGGCCUACGACCUGCCGACCACCGCCAGCCGCUUGAUUGCCUGGAUCCAGCACGCCCGCUUCUUUCUGCAGAGCAGCGAGCACGGUUUCUACCGCCGUUUCAUGAUGUCGCUGUCGCGGCAGGUUCGAUAUCUGCGCAACGCGCUGCGCGGCUAUCCGGACUGCAUCGACACGCUACAGGCGCUGAUCGCCCUGUCGGUCGCUUCGCUCGCCAUCCCGACGGCCGAGCGCCGCCAGCAGCGCAUUGCCCGGCAGCUCGAAUUCCAGCUCAAGCGCCAGAUCCUGCCAGACGGUGCCCAUGUCAGCCGCAACCCGGCGCAUCUGCCCGAACUGCUCGCCGAUCUUCUGCCGCUGGCGCAAUGCUAUGUGGCCGCCUCGCGGCCGGUGCCGCCCGAACUGGUGCGUGCCGUCGACCGGAUGUUUCCGCGCCUGCGUGCCAUGCGCCACCGCGACGGGCAUCUGGCGAUGUUCCACGGUGCCGGAUAUGACAAGACAGACCUGAUCGCCGCCGUGCUGCGGCUCGACCAGACCGAGGGCAAGACCGGGCCGCAUGCGGUCCAGAGCGGCUACUAUCGGCUCGAGGCCGGCGACACGGUGAUCAUCGCCGACACCGGCACGAUACCGAAGGGCAUUGACGGGGCGAACUGCCAUGCCAGCGCGCUGGCCUUCGAACUGUCGACGCUGCGCGGCCGGAUCGUCACAAAUCUGGGCGUCGACCGGCUGCUGCGGGCUGAUUUCGGGCCGGUCGCCCGCGCCACCGCCGCCCAUUCGACGCUUUCGGUGGGCGAUGUGUCGUCGGCGCGCUUUCGCCGCUUCGCCGGCGCGCCCCGAAGGCAUGACUGGCGCGCGGUGUCCGGUCCGCGCCGGGUCGCGGUCUCCGACUGGCAGAGCGACGGCAUGACCGGCUUUUCGGCCGAACAUGACGGCUAUCAGCGCGUCUUUGGCCUUGUGCAUGAACGCGGCAUCGCAGUCCGGCCCGAUGGCGGCCGUGUCGACGGGUACGAUCUGCUGCGCCCGCCCUCCGGCCGCAAGCCGCAUGCGGUUGCGGCGCAAUUGCGCUUUCAUUUCCAUCCGGGCGUGCGCGUGAGCGCGACGCAGGCGGCCAACACGUUCCUGCUCUCUCUCGAAAGCGGCGAACGCUGGGCGUUCCGCGCCAUCGGUGCGCCCGCCGCGAUCGAGGAAAGCCUCUUUCUGGCGGCCGUCGCCGGCCCCGUGCGCACGGCGCAGAUCGCGAUCGGCAUCGAGUGGCCGGAGACCGAACGGGUGAGCUGGCGCUUCGAGCGACUGUCCGACUGA